CAACGUUAUCACCAUUUGAUAGCGAAGGUCGUUGAUAUGGCAUGGUAGGGGGAGCGUUUGUUCUUUGGCCCCAUAUCAAGGAAGCUGGAAUGCAUAUUAGUGCGCUUUUUUAGUCUUCCAAUUCCUACUACUAUUCCGCUACUUAUUUCUUGAAGUAAUUUGCCUGCAUAGUACCUCUCUGGCUAGUUGGUAUGUAUAAGCUAUCUCUUAUCUGUCGCCGAUUGCACUCUCUGCCUAGGAACUUUAUCAUCUCACCUGAUGUCAAAGCAGCUUUAGCUGCGAAGAAGGGAGUUGUUGCUCUUGAAAGUACGGUUAUUACUCAUGGACUACCGUAUCCACAAAAUCUUGAAACCGCGAAAUCGCUAGAAGAGGUCGUUCGAAACGGCGGCUGUGAGCCGGCUACGAUUGCUCUUCUGGAUGGAAACGUACACGUGGGACUCACGAGUGCAGAACUGUCCCGCGUUGCCGAUAGUAUGGAAUCCGUAAAAGUUUCUCGUCGGGAUAUUCCCUUCGCACUCAGCAAAGGAAUGGUCGGAGGCACAACGGUGGCUGCAACGAUGUACCUAGCACAUAUGGCAGGGAUCGAAGUGUUCGCUACUGGUGGAGUUGGCGGUGUACACAGAGGAGCUGAGCAAACCUUCGACAUAUCUGCCGAUCUCAUUGAACUAUCGAAAACUCCAGUCACAGUGGUUUGCGCGGGUGUCAAAAGCAUCUUGGAUAUCCCAAAGACUGUGGAAUUUCUGGAAACACAUUCCGUGAACUGUAUCGUGUAUGGACCACGCAACGUAUUUCCAGGGUUUUUCACACAAGAGACAACUAGAAAAGGGCAAUUCAAUACCAUGGAGCUGGAAGAAGUGGUUCAAAUUAUAGAAACUUCGAAGGCAUUUGGGCUAUCUGCUGGAACGCUUCUUGCAUGUCCAAUCCCUAAAGAGUUUCAGGCAAACGGAAAUGUUAUCGAAGAAGCUGUGCAAAAAGCUCUGAAAGAAGCAAGUGAGAAAGGCAUUCAGUCUAAGGAUGUUACCCCAUUCAUACUUGCUUAUGUCAAUAAAGUGACUUCUGGAGCAACAAUGGAGACAAACAUUGCACUUCUAAAAAACAACGCAAAAAUUGCUGCUCAACUGGCGAGCAUACUAGCAAAGUCGAAGAAGAAUAACGGCCAAAUCAAAGCGGAAUCGACACCGGAGAACAACAAGGCACCGAGAAAACGCCCAAAAAUUGCUGUUAUCGGAGCUACAAUUGUUGAUUUUGAGUCGAUCACUGAUCAACAAGUAAAGAACGAUGGAGCGUCUUAUGUGGGCGAAGUGAUGCAGCGAUGCGGGGGAGUUGGCAGAAAUCAUGCUGAUGCUCUUGCAAGGUUGGGAUGCGAUGUAACAUUUAUAUCGACUAUUGGAAAUGAUGACAAUGGAAAAUAUUUCAUGGAUCAUUGCCCUCACAUAGACAAAUCCCGCGUAGAAGUAAUGGAAGACCUACCUACCGCCGUUUACAUGUCCGUGAAUGUUAGAGGUGAAGUGAGGUUUGGUAUCAGCGCCAUAGGCGAUAUCAUCAAUCGGAUCACACCGGAAGUUAUAAUGCGAAAUGAAGAUGUUAUCUCAGCAGCCGAUUAUGUCUUAUUUGACGGCAACAUCUCAACAGAGGCAAUGGGCAAGGCGGUGGACUUGAUCAGCUACUACAAACGAAAAGCAUGGUUCGAGCCCACAGAUCUCUUCAAAGCUAGGAAGAUUUUUGACUGUAGAGGUAUUGACAAAAUACAUUACAUAUCCCCAAAUGCAAAUGAGUUUCGCCAAAUCGUCGAAAAAACUGGCCUAUCCAUAGAAGAUGGCAUACUGUCGUCGCCUGGCCGAGUAUGCGAAUUUAUAUGUUCAAAUCCGCGAGUAAUGCACAACUUGGAUGUUAUGAUUGUAACGCUUUCGUCUCAUGGUGUCUCCGUAGUCUUAAGAGAUCCUAUUGGAAGCUUGAUUUCAAAGACGUGCCCGCCACCUUUGACGAAAGAAAAAAUCGUGUCUGUUUCAGGAGCUGGAGACAGCCUUAACUGCGGAUUUCUAGCUGGACUAGCUCAUGGAUUUGAAAUCGAGAAAUGUAUGAAAAUCGCUAACAAAUGUGCAGCAUUGACAUUGCAGACAACUGACGCUGUGUCAACAAACAUCUCACCAAUUUUGUUGGAUGUGUAGAUAAUUCUACAUUAGAAUUAUAGUAACACUCACUGCCUUUUCAAAAUUAUCUGCGAAAGCAAUAUCCACUGUGCUGCCCAUAAAUUGAAAUAGCUACGAUUGUGUACAGAAAUUGGGAUCUUCGACAUAUGCGUCACUUUGCGAGAAUAAUUCAUUUCCCAAUUAGUGAAAAUUAGGUGGAUACAGUGACGUUGAAUUUGUUGCACUCAUAUGUAUUGCAGAACUCACGUAUGCAUGAAAUAAAA